AUGCCGCAAAAGGACCCGGCAAAAGAUGGGGAUUGCAUGGGUCUCAAUUCUUUGGGCAUCACGGGCGUUUCCUGCGACGCGGUUUCGAAUUUCGUUUGCCAAGCGCCUGCAUCCAACAGCCCAAAGGCCUCGGCACCAGCGUUAAGCGACUUGUUUAGUGCAUUCAUGCCAGUUGAAAAAGCACAGCCUGUGCAACUUGGAGGGCAGCAGUACAUUUUACCGUCAGAGAAGGCCACUUAUGAUGAAGCAAAACAACUGUGUGAAUCGAGGCAAAUGGAUCUUCUGUCCAUUCAAACGAAAACCGAAAGCGAUUUAAUAAGCAACUUCCUCAAUUCAAAAGGAGUGGGGUCGAGUUCGAUUUUAACCGGUUUGCAGUCAAUUGACCCUGGAAAGUUUUCGUGGGACGGAAGUACCGCUGCCAAUGGCCUCAAAUGGGCGAGCAAUCAGCCUGGCACCGGGGACUGCGCCACUUUAGCCAGUUCAACUUUGAAAACUGUGUCAUGCGACACCAAAAGCAAUUUCAUGUGCGAGGCGAAACCUGCAGACGCCACCAACGCACCAACUAUAGUUCCAGAUUCUACAGAAGAAGCAACUAACGCACCGACUGAAUCAACAUCAAUUCAGCAGACAAUAGAAUCACUUUCAACAUCAACAAAGUCAAGCGCAACUUCUUCAGCAGCAAUUCCUCCAUCCAUCAUCAGUGCAACCACAAUAAGCUCUACCUCAUCAUCAGCAUCAUUGGGCAGCAUGAACCCUACAAGUACUGUAACUGAAACUUCAACUGAUAUCAUCACAACACCUUCAACCGUUGUCUCUUCAACACCUUCAACCAGCAUCCCUGCAGCAUCUUCACCACCUUCAGUCGGUACGUCUGCAAAACCUCCCAACACUGUCCCUCCAGCAUUUGCACCACCUUCAACCAGUACCACUGCAAAACCAACCAGUGUCCCUGCAGCAGGUGCACCACCUUUAGCCGGUGUCACUUCAACCACAACCGCAACAUCCACAUCGACCACAACUGAAACAUCCACAUCAACUACAACUGAAACAUCAACUUCAACUACAACUGAAACAUCAACUUCAACUACAACUGAAACAUCAACUUCAACUACAACUGAAACAUCAACUUCAACCACGACAGUUUCACCUACUGUUGCAGCUUACAUCUAUACCUUGGGGAAGAAGGUGACAUACUUAUCAAAUGAGACGGCAACGUACGAUGACGCGAUUGCUAAGUGCGCAGCGAUGGGGAUGAGACUUUUGAUUGCCGAGUGUCAACUGGAAUAUAAAAUGUUAAUUAAUGAGCUGGCUGCUUCGCCAGAUAGAAAGAGUGCGUCUUACUUGAUUGCUCUUAAGAUGAAUGCAAACGGCUACUUGUCAAACCCCACUGGAUCAUUUCAUUCUCCGCCGGGCCCGAUCGCCCCCUCAACGUCAGGUGACGAUUGCGUUAUUACAAAAAAUGGAUCUUGGUCUAUGGCAUCUUGUGAUGACCAGUACUAUUUUGCCUGCGAAAACAAUAUGUACUACACUGAAGUGGUCUAUUCAAAAUCUCGUCAAUACUUUGUGAUGCAAGAUUUGGAGGUUUGCCAAAGUGAAGCUAACGUAAGAUGCUCGGAAAUAAAUCCCGCCGCUUCAUUAGUCUUGAUUGACACACCUUACGAGCACUAUGCUGAGUUAUACACCCUGCUGCAGGACUUAAAUCUACAGAAUGUUUCAACACACAUCAACAAAGUUACCUUAAGUGCAUCGUCGUGGUUAAAAGCGAGCUCUGGCUCGGUCGUAUGGACGCCAGGUCACCCAAACCAGACCAUAGGCAGCUGCGUUGGAGUUCUCGAGGGAAAACUAAUCAGUGUUGAAUGCGGAAUGCCGCUGCCUUUCGUUUGCGAAAUUCCAACGGCGCCAUUACCUGUUGUGCAAAUCAAGUGCUUAGCUGCUAAUUGGAACUGCCCUAUUCCACCAUAUCCGGUACCUUUUAACCAGGGUCAAGCUUGGUGUAAAAAUAAUGGUGACGAUUUUAAUUCAUUCACCAAUGCUGAUUUCAACGCCAGUUUGACCAUAUUGAGGCAAAAUGCAACUCAAGCCACUUUGCGCUACCCAGAAAUUAUCGCAGUGGCAGCGAGAAAAAAUAACGGGGUCUGGCAAUGGAGAGACGGAAAAACGUUUUCCUUCAGUGUGUUUAAUUGGCAAUCCGCACCAACGACCCCCGGAGACUGCGCUGGCUUCGACAUUAGAUACGAUUACGCCGUAACUUUCGAUUGUUCAGAACCUAAAAAGAUCUUUUGCGUGUGAAUCGAACAAAAAAUAAAUU